UCAACCACCUUCGACUAGAAGAGAUUUCAUUUCUUAUACAUUGUUGGUUCGACAACAAUAUCGUUCAAAAAUGAAAGGUCUUAUAGUUUUUGUUGCUUUACUAAGUAUACUUAUCGGUUUCGGUUAUCUUAAAUUCGAUGAAUUGACACGUCCACUACCGUUGCCAAAAUUUGACACCAAUAAAUAUUGGGGCCCAGGAGAUGCGGCUAAAUAUAAAGAAGACAAAACUAUAAAACCCUUUAAGAUUGAUAUUAAGCCAGAGGUAAUCAACGAUUUACGAAAACAAUUAAAUCGUACUUUAAAAUUAACUGAACCUUUGGAAGGUGUUAAAUUUGAAUAUGGUUACAACACUGAUGCUAUGACCCAAGUUGUGGAAUAUUGGCGUGAAAAGUAUUUAGCCAAAUGGUCGGAACGUCAAGAGUUUCUAAACAGUUUGCCUCAAUUUACCACCGAGAUUCAAGGUUUGCGCAUCCACUUUAUACAUGCUAAACCCAGUGCUGAGGCUUUGAAAAAGAAGAAAGUUUUACCUCUACUAUUGCUACAUGGCUGGCCAGGUUCAGUGCGUGAAUUCUAUGACUUCAUACCAAUUCUUACCGAACCCGCCGAUAUGAGUGAAUAUGUUUUUGAAGUUGUUGCACCUUCAUUAGUAGGCUACGGCUGGUCACAGCCUGCUAGUAAAAUCGGUAUGAAUCCUGCUGAAAUGUCUAUUGUCAUGCGUAAUUUAAUGUUACGUUUGGGCUUUAACAAGUUUUUGGUACAAGGAGGUGAUUGGGGUUCUAUAAUUGGUAGCAGUUUGGCUACUAUUUUCCCCGACAAUGUUAUUGGUUAUCAUUCUAAUUUGUGCGUACUUAAUACUCCUCUAUCUAUAAUGAAGAGUGUAGUUGCCAGUUUUAAACCUGAUAAAUUCUUACCCUCACGUUUUCUGCGCGAACAUCAUUACCCCUUGACUGAUAAAUUAUUGUGGGCCUUAGAAGAAAGUGGUUACUUCCAUAUACAAGCCACAAAACCCGAUACUAUUGGCACAGUUUUAAUUAGCAAUCCAGUUGGUUUGGCUAGUUAUAUUCUUGAAAAAUUCCAAGGACUUACAGGUCCAGCUAAUAACCAACGUUUUGAUGGCAUGACCAAAGUCUUUACCAUAGACGCUUUAUUGGACAAUGUUAUGAUUUACUAUUUGACAAAUUCCGCUACAACUGCUGCACGUCUGUACAAGGAGUCAAUGUCUAAGGAAUUUUUAAGUUAUCAAAUGGAUCGUGUUCAGUCACCUGCACCUAUGGGUUGUGCCCGUUUCCUUUUUGAUUUACCAGCCGCUAUGGACUGGCAAUUAAAGGACAAAUUCCCCAACUUAAUUCAUAGCAAAUACUUUCACCAGGCUGGCCAUUUUGCCGCUUUGGAAUUGCCCGUUAUGUUAUACAUUGAUUUGGCAGAAUUUGUGGCUAAAAUUAAUAUAGAAUAAUUUCAUACAUUUAAAUAUUUUUUAAAGGUUUAAUAAUUAUUUAUUUUAUAAUGUUUUUUUAUUAAAAAGAUUUGUUAAAAAAUU